AUGCAGACCAAUUACUACUAUACGCCACUGCUCCAACCGCUUGAAAAUGCAGUCGAGAUUAAAUCGUGGCUGAUACAUGGCAAGUCGAUUGAUUCGACAUUGCUGGAGCCUCUGGAGCAAGACUUAUUGUUGAAAGAUGCUUUAAUGACACCAAUUAUGAAGACUUCUUGGGAAGAUACGCCUUGUUCAAGUGACUUGAACGAAGAUAGCUACUUCGUGUUGGACUCUCAUCUGAUUAACCUGCCAUCGCUAUUGUUGGAAUCGGAUUUCGAUUAUUCCAAUGGCCUUUUUAGUAAUUUGUCGUCGCUGACUCGGACCAGCAGUAGUAAAAAUGAAGAGGCGCCGUAUGAAGUGGACAUUGGAAGGCCUGCGUUGACUCCUAUAGUGGAACUUUCGACUUCUGGUAGCAGCAACUUGGAAACGUCGUUGACGCUACUAAGUGCUUCGAAUAGUUUGGCUACUGCCACGGUUGGAUGUACCACACGUUGCCGUGGGUCUUCAUCUAGUCCUGGACAAGAAUGUAAUUUGGACUCUGCUAUUGAAGUACGAUCCCGAACGGACUCUCCUCAUGAAGAUGAACGACGAGACGAUGCGGAUGAUGACGAAUACACCGUGGAAGAUUCAGACGAUGAAGAAUACGUCGUAGAUCCACCUAAACGACAAUCAACAAAACCACGUCGUCGCCCAGCAAACACCACUACUCCCUACCACUCAGGCCGACUCACGAAAUCAUCCGUUAAAGUAUUCACUCAAGUCUUCGCAGUGACUCCUUACCCAGACACGAGAAUACGCAAGCUGUUGGCGGAGAGACUGGAUAUGAAUCCACGGGCUGUGCAGAUAUGGUUUCAGAAUAAGAGACAGCAUUUGAAGGCUAUGGGUGUUGCGGAGGGAUUGAGGUGGACGUGGUGCGGUGGUGCGCUGAAGCUGAACUUUAGUAAUUGGGUAAUGGGCUCCAGUAGUGAUAAAUCGUCGAGUAUAAGACAGUGUAUAGGACAUCCACGUAUAUAUUUCUGA